AGCUGCUGAAAGUUGUCAAUCUCUGCUGAAGAAAAACUGCAGAAAGUGUGUGAUUUUCCUUACAGUCGCCCGUGUUUUGUAAUUCGCUCUGCUCUUAAAUACUUUUUGUGCAAGUGGCGUACGUGUUGCGCAGUUUGUCGCAAUCCGAAAAUGGCUCAGAGUAAACUGAAUGAUUUGGCCGGAAAAUUCGGCAAGGGUGGACCACCCGGAUUGACUACCGGUUUGAAGCUGUUGGCCGCAGUUGGAGCCACUGCUUAUGGCAUCAGCAAUUCCAUGUUCACAGUCGAUGGUGGUCACCGUGCAAUCAUGUUCAACCGAAUCGGUGGCAUCGGUGAUGAUACCUUCACUGAAGGUUUGCAUUUCCGGAUUCCAUGGUUCCAAUAUCCGAUCGUAUAUGACAUCCGCUCGCGCCCCAGGAAGAUCUCGUCCCCAACCGGAUCGAAGGAUUUGCAGAUGGUGAACAUCUCCCUUCGAGUACUGUCUCGACCAGAUGCCCUGCGACUUCCGAUCAUGUACCGCCAGCUGGGACUGGACUACGACGAAAAAGUGCUGCCAUCAAUUUGUAACGAAGUGUUGAAGAGUGUGGUGGCCAAGUUCAAUGCCUCGCAGCUCAUCACCCAGCGCCAGCAGGUUUCGCUGCUGAUCCGCCGUGAACUGGUGGAACGCGCAAAAGACUUCAACAUCAUCCUGGAUGAUGUUUCGCUGACGGAACUCAGCUUCGGCAAGGAAUAUACGGCUGCCGUCGAAAGCAAACAAGUUGCCCAGCAGGAGGCCCAACGUGCGGCUUUCCUCGUGGAACGUGCCAAGCAAGAACGGCAGCAGAAAAUCGUCCAGGCUGAGGGUGAAGCCGAGGCAGCAAAAAUGUUGGGUCUGGCCGUUAGUCAAAAUCCUGGCUACCUGAAGCUCAGAAAGAUUCGUGCCGCACAGAGCAUCGCUCGAACGAUCGCAAGCUCGCAGAACCGUGUCUACCUCUCCGCUAACAGUUUGAUGUUGAACAUCUCGGAUGCCGAGUUCGAUGACAUGUCCAAGAGAGUUUCAAAUAUGGGCCAAGGGCGACCGUUCCGAGUUGUGCAAAUUCCGAAAGUCUCGCCAAAAGCAACGACUGGCAGCACCGGCGACCUGGACUUCGACGAAAGCCUGAUCAAAGUGAUCGCUGAGCAAACGGCGGAGAGGAUCAGUGGUGGUGGUAGCCAGUAGAUUUGGCGGUAGUGCAAAAUGACUGUUUCUAUUGUUUUUAAUUUCAGAACCAGAGGUAUAAAAGCGCAUUUUUC